AGUCAGAACGCACUGGGGGGGGAGUUCCGUGCGAUUCAAAAUAUCAAGACGUUAUUUGAACAGACCUGUUACACUUAAGGGGAUAUAAAGAGUCCCCCCCCCCACACAUUUAAACCGGUAGCACACAGCGCCCCCCACCGACCGGAGAGCAGAGACCUCAGGCUGCAGCUCGCCAUCGUGCGCGGCUCGGCGGCUCUGGGAAACAUGGCGGACGGAGAGCGGAACGGGGAUUUACCCGCUGUGCCGUCGGGGCUGGAGGAGGUGAACAAGAUGAUCAGCGAACACAGUCACCUCUUCUCUGACACGCAGUGCAAAGUGUGCAGCGCCCUUCUCAUCUCCGAAUCACAAAAGCUUGCCCAUUACCAGAGUAAAAAACAUGCAAAUAAAGUACGCCGAUACAUGAGUAUCCACCAGGAUGAGGAACCAUCGUUGAAAAGGUUCAAAGGCCACUCAUCUGACAACGCAGGCAGCAACGGGGUGGUGGAUCGCAACAAGGCGUGCUCCAUCUGCAACAUGACGUUCUCGUCGCCCGUCAUGGCCGAGUCCCACUACCAGGGCAAGGUGCACGCCAAGACCCUGAAGCUGAAGACUCAGGGCUUCCAGGCUGCAGCCUCCUCCCCGCCGCCGGCCGGGACCCAGGCCAGGAACCCCCCGGGGGGGCAGAGCGCGGAGGGGACUCAGGGGUCUGCCGAGGGGGACCCCGACCGCUUCUGCGUCAUCUGCCACGCCUGCUUCAACAACCCACUCAUGGCCAGGCAGCACUACGUGGGCAAGAAGCACAAGAAGCAGACGACCAAGAUGAAGUUGCUGCAGACCUACGGCCCCUCCAGCACGCCAGCUUCCACAGUGAGAGGGUAUCCCUGUACAAUAUGCAACAUUGAGCUGAACUCUGUGGAGCAGUACCAGGCACACAUCAGCGGCUCCAAACACAAGCUCCAUGCGGAAGCAAAGAAAAGGGACUCCGCUCUGAUGCCUCUGAUGGCACAGGACUACAAGUCUGCCUCCCAGUCACCCAAGACAGAGCAGUCACAAGACAGGGAGAACUGCAGCCAGUGACAUUCUUGUACUUUUUUUCACCCAACAAAAAAAAAAACUACUGAUGUCUCACAGCUUUCAACACAGCAGACAGAGGCGAUCUCUGCGGAGCUCAGGCAUGGACUCAGACUCCGCAGGGUUGCUUUCCUGAAGACUGCUCUGUUCCUCAGUCCUGCCACGCUGCCAUUGAGAGCUUUCAUGUUGCCCGGGUCUGUGAAAAGACAAACAAGACUGCUCCUUUUCCAUCUCCUCUCAGCUCUAGUGUGCAGCUCGUCGAGUAGGUGUGUUUAACAAAGUUCUCCUAACCACAGCGGCGCCUAUCUUAACGUGGGGUUCUCUUUAGACUUUAUUUCUGUUAGUCUUGUUUUGAACCUGUAUCUCUGGUCAGAGCUCUGGUCAUUUUAUUUUCUUAUUAAGAUGUUUUAUUACUUUAUUUUUUACCUGUUUUUAAAGACGAACUCCAUUUAAAUCAAAGGGAGUGUUUAGAGUGGAUCAGAAAUGUGAGUCUCUGCACACGGUUGGUUAGUUUUUAUCUUAGUCUUUUUCGGCAAAGGAAACCCUCAGAUUUGUCCUGUGUUUUUUUAGUUUUUUAUUUGCUUUUGUUUUUACUUACCUCUUUUCUGUGAGUGGUGCAUCUCAGUUUGGGGGUUUUCUGUGUGUGCAUUUAUUUGCAGCCAGUCCUUUUUGUUCUUAAUGGUUGCAUCCAUUUGCAGUUGAGCCUUUUUGCUGUUAUGAUUUCGUUUUCAAAUGAAACUAUUUUGUUUAGUUUUCAUUUUUUGUGCCCUUCAACAGGCAAAGUUGGAUGUGUCUUUUUAUAUACCACAGACGAUGGCACUUUACAAGUCCUUGACUCAUUUCACUUUGAUCUGGUUUGGAUUUUGUCAAGGAGAAGAAGCAGAGCGUAAACAGAGCUCUGCCAUUUUAAUGGAUAUUAACAUACUGUACAGUGAGAAUGCAGUCCUCAUUACAGUAGAUUAUUGACUAUUAGGUGACCAUUCGUUGGAAAACAUCCCUUAAGGACAGCAUUAGUCCAGCAUGGGGAAGACAUAAGCUCACAGGCACUGUUUGAUUGUGCUAGCAAGCACUGACACCAUGGAACAGCUUCAAGACAUCCAGUACAGCGAAAAAUUGCAUCGUUCACUGAAUAUUCAUGAUUUGAUUUUUUAAUUUUUUUAAAUUCAAAUAUCCAAUAAAUUCCGGAAGUUAUGUUUCCAAACAUGUGCAGUACACCUACUUGUAAUUAACGUACUGUACAGUAUUUGCCAACCAUAUUCUAUUUCUUAUUAAACAGGUGUGGAGCUAAAUGUAAUGUGUUUGUGCACUUACAGUUUUAAGCAGUAAACAAAUUCCAAACACUAAAACAUGUACACAACACUGUAAAGCACAAUGUUAUAGAAGAAUGUGCCAAAACCAGGUACUAUGAAAAUCUAAAUGCAGUUAUCCGGUGUUUUUGAAAACAGGCCCUUCUCCCUAAGAUGCCAGAUAAUCAAUGAUCUACCUUUACCGUUGGUUUGGGAAUAUGCUCAAUAACAAUUAAAGACAGAUUUGGGUUUCUUUUAUGUCUUUUGCUAUAGUUUCUGUGUUGAGUUUUUUUAGUAUGCGCCAAGAGCCUUAUACUUUCAGUACUAUGAAAAGUUUCUAGUUACCAGGGGAUGUUCUUGUUUUUAUUUGAUGAACAUUAUGUUUGAAUGUGCUCUUCAUAUAUAUCAGCACAUCUUGAAAGAAUAUUUGCCCCCCUUGUAAAGUUUUCUAUAUUUAAUUUUAUUCAAGGCACUGUCAAAUAGGACUUUAUAUUAAUAAUCUAAAGAAGAUAAAGAUAUAAAGUGUACUUAGUGUGUACAUAAAUUUGACGUUUGAAGAAAAUUAGAAGAUUCUCAUUUGCAUAAGUAUCCAGUCUUCUUUUGCUACAGCAAGCAAGUGAAUACUAUUAAAGUUCCAAAACUGUGUGAAAUCAAAGUGAUUUUAGUUGACUUUGGAAUGAAUUAGCCUGUCUCCCUAAGUUCAGAGGUUGAGAGGCACAGAUCGGGAUUCUUGAUGAGGUUUCUUCCCUCAUCAAGAAGCAGAAUUUUUACACCACCCAAACACUGCACAGAUCAGGCCACCCUUCCAGACUGAGCAGUGGGGCAAGCAGUCCCCUGAGCCUUUGUCAGCUCAUCUUAUCAUCUCCCAUGAGAUGGACCGCAGACAAGUAGUAGCGGGUUGUAUGGUUGGAUGAGACUUACUGAGCUUUUUGCAAAGCCUAAAUGCGACGCGUUAGAUCUGGAACUGCGCAUGCCUCGUACAGCAGCCACCCGGUGAGCACUACCCCAGCUGUGGACUUUCAGUGGGGUUGGCGGUGAAAAGCUUGUCCAGCAGGCUGUAUCCUCACCGCUGCCAAAUCUGAAACCCUUCCUUAGUGAAUGCGUAGCAAGGUGAAUGUAAGAGCAUGGGGACUUCAACCUGUUGACCUGGCAGAAAGCGCUGGUCAGUUUUGUUCUUCACUUGUGAUGUCAUUAUAUAGAAAUAAAUCUGUGAAUGUGGGAAGACAUCAUAGCCAUCAUUUAUUACAAAGACCUUAGUUUUGAUUAAACAUUACAAAUUUAACAAGCAACAUUUCCUCCACUGUACAGAUUUUGCUAGUCACUAGGUAAUAUUCUGGUAGCAUUGGAUUUCAACGUUUUAUAAAGACUUUCAUGACUGAGAAGAUUUAGAUUUAGGUCUGGUUUUGUGACUAAAAUAUUCAGUAACUGUUACAGUGUUUUUCUAAUAAGGGUAAGAAACAUUAUCAGGUAUUAUUGAUUGUCAUGGACCUUUAAAAUAUUCUGUAAAGUACACAUGUAUUUGAAAAUAUAAACAGCUCUGUAUUCCUCCAUAAUGACUAGCUUACGU